CUCAUCCACAGACAUCUUCCAAUCAUUCUCUGCUGUUACAGGAACUGCUUCAUCUGCUGACAUUAAUGAGAUAACAUUUUCUGAGACAACGGUAGUCCAAAGAAACACUUAUUCUGAAGGCUCUGGAGAAGGCUCUGCUGAUAUUACUGAAUCACUAAUUGGAACCAUUGCAACAGCAUUUCCAAUACUCUUAACUGAGUCUCCUUCAGUCCCAACAUCUGACACAUCUGUAAAAAGUGAAAGUAUAAAAACUUCAGACUUCACAGCAUCAUCAGUGUAUGGUGUAGCGAAACCAACAUCUGUGCCUCCUGAAAUACAAUAUAACACCACAAGUCUUUCCGCAGAUGCUUCAGGAACACCAGAACAAAACAUGUCGUCAUCGCCAGAUUCUGUUUCUCAACCACCUGGGAAGUCAACCAUUUCAAUCAUAGAUACAAGUUCCGAUGCCAAAACAUCAACUAUUUAUAUCCAGACAACUUCUGUGGAAGAUAAUAUUUCAUCUCAAUACAGUUCUGUCCCAUCACAAACUCAGUCAUUUUUUACCACAGGAGAACCUACAACAGUUCAAACACUGCUACCUUCUUUCACAAAAGAGCAUUCAGUUUCUGCAAUCACUGAAGAUAAAACCAUGAACCCUUUAACAGGUUCUCCAAUAACUCCUUCAGUCUCGUCAUAUACUGCUCUGCAUGAUCAGGAUAAAGAUACUGCUACUGCCUCUCCAAUGGUGGAGUCCAUUCCAUCAAUCCAUGGAUCAAGUAUUCAACCUAACAAAAUGCGUUUUGUCAUGGGCACAGAUGAACAUACUUCUGUUCAAACACUUCCUGAUGUCAGCGACAAGUCAGUCGUGACAACAGCAGUAUAUCAACAAACAAGUGUACAAUCACCCUCAAUUUCUGCAUCUCACACCUCUGAAACAAAGGAUGUAACAAAAAGUACUAUUAGCCCAGAUGGAGCACAAUACUCUACAUUGGAACCGACAUUGGGGUCUCCUGAAACAAAACAGACUUUAACAACAACCCUUUCUGGAGAAAAGACUGAAAGUGCAGUAAAAACUUCAACUUCUGACAUUACAGAUAGCACAGAUAACAAUACCAAUGUGUUCUCCAAUGAAAUAUCCAGCACACAUGCAACCUCCCCAGAAGUUUCAUCAUUAGUCAGUACAGAGACAACAACAGCAGAACAAGCUGAUAAAUAUUCAUCAGAACAGAAAUCUUCCCCCUCAGUAUCCCCCAUUACUGCGAAGACAGAGAAAGUUCCUGUAACUACUGUAGAAGAUGUGGAUGGUUCUGGAUUAACAAAUACUGACCAGUUUAUAUCAACGGUUACAGUUAUUGAUACAUCUUCAACUUUGUCUAGUUUUGACACAGGCACAGCAACAAUAUCUACCCAAGCAGCAUCAACCUUUACCAACACAGAUGAAUAUAUUGCUGUUGAAAACAUGACAAAGCCUAUUGAAACUUCUGUCACUAAAGGAACGACCGGCUCCUCAGCUUUUCAUAUUCUAUCAUCAUCGACCCCAGAAUCAAGAAGAGCUGAAAAAACUGAUACUUCAAGAACAGCUGUUACCUCAGCUUCAACACUAUACAGUACAGAGAAACCAAAAUCUGUGUCCCCUGAAACCCACCAGACAUUUUCAACUUUGAAGCCUGACGAAAUCUCUGCAGGGCUGGAGGAAAGUUCAGCAUCUCCACUAACAAACCCAGCGACUACAAGUGAAACCCCAAUUGGAACCUCUAGAAUACACAUUGCAUCUCCUACAGGGUCCUCACUGUUCAGCACAGAGAAAACAACAAAUCUGCCAGUGGUGGAUGAAGAAAGUAUUCAAACAGGUCAAACAAGUAAACCUUCAGUUUCUACUGCCAAAGCUGGAACAGAAAGUUCUUCUGUCAGUUCUCCAUUAGAGGAAAGCUCUUCUCGAGACUCAUCCACAGACAUCUUCCAAUCAUUCUCUGCUGUUACAGGAACUGCUUCAUCUGCUGACAUUAAUGAGAUAACAUUUUCUGAGACAACAGUAGUCCAAAGAAACACUUAUUCUGAAGGCUCUGGAGAAGGCUCUGCUGAUAUUACUGAAUCACUAAUUGGAACCAUCGCAACAGCAUUUCCAAUACUCUUAACUGAGUCUCCUUCAGUCCCAACAUCUGACACAUCUGUAAAAAGUGAAAGUAUAAAAACUUCAGACUUCACAGCAUCAUCAGUGUAUGGUGUAGCGAAACCAACAGCUGUGCCUCCUGAAAUACAAUAUAACACCACAAGUCUUUCCGCAGAUGCUUCAGGAACACCAGAACAAAACAUGUCGUCAUCGCCAGAUUCUGUUUCUCAACCACCUGGGAAGUCAACCAUUUCAAUCAUAGAUACAAGUUCCGAUGCCAAAACAUCAACUAUUUAUAUCCAGACAACUUCUGUGGAAGAUAAUAUUUCAUCUCAAUACAGUUCUGUCCCAUCACAAACUCAGUCAUUUUUUACCACAGGAGAACCUACAACAGUUCAAACACUGCUACAUUCCUUCACAAAAGAGCAUUCAGUUUCUGCAAUCACUGAAGAUAAAACCAUGAACCCUUUAACAGGUUCUCCAAUAACUCCUUCAGUCUCGUCAUAUACUGCUCUGCAUGAUCAGGAUAAAGAUACUGCUACUGCCUCUCCAAUGGUGGAGUCCAUUCCAUCAAUCCAUGGAUCAAGUAUUCAACCUAACAAAAUGCGUUUUGUCAUGGGCACAGAUGAACAUACUUCUGUUCAAACACUUCCUGAUGUCAGCGACAAGUCAGUCGUGACAACAGCAGUAUAUCAACAAACAAGUGUACAAUCACCCUCAAUUUCUGCAUCUCACACCUCUGAAACAAAGGAUGUAACAAAAAGUACUAUUAGCCCAGAUGGAGCACAAUACUCUACAUUGGAACCAACAUUGGGGUCUCCUGAAACAAAACAGACUUUAACAACAACCCUUUCUGGAGAAAAGACUGAAAGUGCAGUAAAAACUUCAACUUCUGACAUUACAGAUAGCACAGAUAACAAUACCAAUGUGUUCUCCAAUGAAAUAUCCAGCACACAUGCAACCUCCCCAGAAGUUUCAUCAUUAGUCAGUACAGAGACAACAACAGCAGAACAAGCUGAUAAAUAUUCAUCAGAAGAGAAAUCUUCCCCCUCAGUAUCCCCCAUUACUGCGAAGACAGAGAAAGUUCCUGUAACUACUGUAGAAGAUGUGGAUGGUUCUGGAUUAACAAAUACUGACCAGUUUAUAUCAACGGUUACAGUUAUUGAUACAUCUUCAACUCUGUCUAGCUUUGACACAGGCACAGCAACAAUAUCUACCCAAGCAGCAUCAACCUUUACCAACACAGAUGAAUAUAUUGCUGUUGAAAACAUGACAAAGCCUAUUGAAACUUCUGUCACUAAAGGAACGACCGGCUCCUCAGCUUUUCAUAUUCUAUCAUCAUCGACCCCAGAAUCAAGAAGAGCUGAAAAAACUGAUACUUCAAGAACAGCUGUUACCUCAGCUUCAACACUAUACAGUACAGAGAAACCAAAAUCUGUGUCCCCUGAAACCCACCAGACAUUUUCAACUUUGAAGCCUGACGAAAUCUCUGCAGGGCUGGAGGAAAGUUCAGCAUCUCCACUAACAAACCCAGCGACUACAAGUGAAACCCCAAUUGGAACCUCUAGAAUACACAUUGCAUCUCCUACAGGGUCCUCACUGUUCAGCACAGAGAAAACAACAAAUCUGCCAGUGGUGGAUGAAGAAAGUAUUCAAACAGGUCAAACAAGUAAACCUUCAGUUUCUACUGCCAAAGCUGGAACAGAAAGUUCUCCUGUCAGUUCUCCAUUAGAGGAAAGCUCUUCUCGAGACUCAUCCACAGACAUCUUCCAAUCAUUCUCUGCUGUUACAGGAACUGCUUCAUCUGCUGACAUUAAUGAGAUAACAUUUUCUGAGACAACCGUAGUCCAAAGAAACACUUAUUCUGAAGGCUCUGGAGAAGGCUCUGCUGAUAUUACUGAAUCACUAAUUGGAACCAUCGCAACAGCAUUUCCAAUACUCUUAACUGAGUCUCCUUCAGUCCCAACAUCUGACACAUCUGUAAAAAGUGAAAGUAUAAAAACUUCAGACUUCACAGCAUCAUCAGUGUAUGGUGUAGCGAAACCAACAUCUGUGCCUCCUAAAAUACAAUAUAACACCACAAGUCUUUCCGCAGAUGCUUCAGGAACACCAGAACAAAACAUGUCGUCAUCGCCAGAUUCUGUUUCUCAACCACCUGGGAAGUCAACCAUUUCAAUCAUAGAUACAAGUUCCGAUGCCAAAACAUCAACUAUUUAUAUCCAGACAACUUCUGUGGAAGAUAAUAUUUCAUCUCAAUACAGUUCUGUCCCAUCACAAACUCAGUCAUUUUUUACCACAGGAGAACCUACAACAGUUCAAACACUGCUACCUUCAUUCACAAAAGAGCAUUCAGUUUCUGCAAUCACUGAAGAUAAAACCAUGAACCCUUUAACAGGUUCUCCAAUAACUCCUUCAGUCUCGUCAUAUACUGCUCUGCAUGAUCAGGAUAAAGAUACUGCUACUGCCUCUCCAAUGGUGGAGUCCAUUCCAUCAAUCCAUGGAUCAAGUAUUCAACCUAACAAAAUGCGUUUUGUCAUGGGCACAGAUGAACAUACUUCUGUUCAAACACUUCCUGAUGUCAGCGACAAGUCAGUCGUGACAACAGCAGUAUAUCAACAAACAAGUGUACAAUCACCCUCAAUUUCUGCAUCUCACACCUCUGAAACAAAGGAUGUAACAAAAAGUACUAUUAGCCCAGAUGGAGCACAAUACUCUACAUUGGAACCGACAUUGGGGUCUCCUGAAACAAAACAGACUUUAACAACAACCCUUUCUGGAGAAAAGACUGAAAGUGCAGUAAAAACUUCAACUUCUGACAUUACAGAUAGCACAGAUAACAAUACCAAUGUGUUCUCCAAUGAAAUAUCCAGCACACAUGCAACCUCCCCAGAAGUUUCAUCAUUAGUCAGUACAGAGACAACAACAGCAGAACAAGCUGAUAAAUAUUCAUCAGAAGAGAAAUCUUCCCCCUCAGUAUCCCCCAUUACUGCGAAGACAGAGAAAGUUCCUGUAACUACUGUAGAAGAUGUGGAUGGUUCUGGAUUAACAAAUACUGACCAGUUUAUAUCAACGGUUACAGUUAUUGAUACAUCUUCAACUUUGUCUAGUUUUGACACAGGCACAGCAACAAUAUCUACCCAAGCAGCAUCAAGCUUUACCAACACAGAUGAAUAUAUUGCUGUUGAAAACAUGACAAAGCCUAUUGAAACUUCUGUCACUAAAGGAACGACCGGCUCCUCAGCUUUUCAUAUUCUAUCAUCAUCGACCCCAGAAUCAAGAAGAGCUGAAAAAACUGAUACUUCAAGAACAGCUGUUACCUCAGCUUCAACACUAUACAGUACAGAGAAACCAAAAUCUGUGUCCCCUGAAACCCACCAGACAUUUUCAACUUUGAAGCCUGACGAAAUCUCUGCAGGGCUGGAGGAAAGUUCAGCAUCUCCACUAACAAACCCAGCGACUACAAGUGAAACCCCAAUUGGAACCUCUAGAAUACACAUUGCAUCUCCUACAGGGUCCUCACUGUUCAGCACAGAGAAAACAACAAAUCUGCCAGUGGUGGAUGAAGAAAGUAUUCAAACAGGUCAAACAAGUAAACCUUCAGUUUCUACUGCCAAAGCUGGAACAGAAAGUUCUUCUGUCAGUUCUCCAUUAGAGGAAAGCUCUUCUCGAGACUCAUCCACAGACAUCUUCCAAUCAUUCUCUGCUGUUACAGGAACUGCUUCAUCUGCUGACAUUAAUGAGAUAACAUUUUCUGAGACAACCGUAGUCCAAAGAAACACUUAUUCUGAAGGCUCUGGAGAAGGCUCUGCUGAUAUUACUGAAUCACUAAUUGGAACCAUCGCAACAGCAUUUCCAAUACUCUUAACUGAGUCUCCUUCAGUCCCAACAUCUGACACAUCUGUAAAAAGUGAAAGUAUAAAAACUUCAGACUUCACAGCAUCAUCAGUGUAUGGUGUAGCGAAACCAACAUCUGUGCCUCCUAAAAUACAAUAUAACACCACAAGUCUUUCCGCAGAUGCUUCAGGAACACCAGAACAAAACAUGUCGUCAUCGCCAGAUUCUGUUUCUCAACCACCUGGGAAGUCAACCAUUUCAAUCAUAGAUACAAGUUCCGAUGCCAAAACAUCAACUAUUUAUAUCCAGACAACUUCUGUGGAAGAUAAUAUUUCAUCUCAAUACAGUUCUGUCCCAUCACAAACUCAGUCAUUUUUUACCACAGGAGAACCUACAACAGUUCAAACACUGCUACCUUCUUUCACAAAAGAGCAUUCAGUUUCUGCAAUCACUGAAGAUAAAACCAUGAACCCUUUAACAGGUUCUCCAAUAACUCCUUCAGUCUCGUCAUAUACUGCUCUGCAUGAUCAGGAUAAAGAUACUGCUACUGCCUCUCCAAUGGUGGAGUCCAUUCCAUCAAUCCAUGGAUCAAGUAUUCAACCUAACAAAAUGCGUUUUGUCAUGGGCACAGAUGAACAUACUUCUGUUCAAACACUUCCUGAUGUCAGCGACAAGUCAGUCGUGACAACAGCAGUAUAUCAACAAACAAGUGUACAAUCACCCUCAAUUUCUGCAUCUCACACCUCUGAAACAAAGGAUGUAACAAAAAGUACUAUUAGCCCAGAUGGAGCACAAUACUCUACAUUGGAACCGACAUUGGGGUCUCCUGAAACAAAACAGACUUUAACAACAACCCUUUCUGGAGAAAAGACUGAAAGUGCAGUAAAAACUUCAACUUCUGACAUUACAGAUUGCACAGAUAACAAUACCAAUGUGUUCUCCAAUGAAAUAUCCAGCACACAUGCAACCUCCCCAGAAGUUUCAUCAUUAGUCAGUACAGAGACAACAACAGCAGAACAAGCUGAUAAAUAUUCAUCAGAAGAGAAAUCUUCCCCCUCAGUAUCCCCCAUUACUGCGAAGACAGAGAAAGUUCCUGUAACUACUGUAGAAGAUGUGGAUGGUUCUGGAUUAACAAAUACUGACCAGUUUAUAUCAACGGUUACAGUUAUUGAUACAUCUUCAACUUUGUCUAGUUUUGACACAGGCACAGCAACAAUAUCUACCCAAGCAGCAUCAAGCUUUACCAACACAGAUGAAUAUAUUGCUGUUGAAAACAUGACAAAGCCUAUUGAAACUUCUGUCACUAAAGGAACGACCGGCUCCUCAGCUUUUCAUAUUCUAUCAUCAUCGACCCCAGAAUCAAGAAGAGCUGAUAAAACUGAUACUUCAAGAACAGCUGUUACCUCAGCUUCAACACUAUACAGUACAGAGAAACCAAAAUCUGUGUCCCCUGAAACCCACCAGACAUUUUCAACUUUGAAGCCUGACGAAAUCUCUGCAGGGCUGGAGGAAAGUUCAGCAUCUCCACUAACAAACCCAGCGACUACAAGUGAAACCCCAAUUGGAACCUCUAGAAUACACAUUGCAUCUCCUACAGGGUCCUCACUGUUCAGCACAGAGAAAACAACAAAUCUGCCAGUGGUGGAUGAAGAAAGUAUUCAAACAGGUCAAACAAGUAAACCUUCAGUUUCUGCUACAGCAGAGAGUUCUUCACAGUUCGAUGACAUGUCUGCAAGGCCACAGGAACGUUCAGCAUCUACAAUAAACAACCAAGAGAGUACAAGUAAAAACCUAAGUGGAAUAACUAGCAUACGCAUUGCGUCUGCUACACACUCAUCACUGUUUAGCACAGAGAGUACAACAAACCUACCAGUGACAGAUUAUGAAAAUGUUCUUUUUACCGCAGGAGAACCAACAAAACUUGAUAGUUAUAUAACACCCCCUCAUGAUAAAAAUAUUUCAAACCAGUUGACACAGACAUUGGAUCCUGCUCCUUUCGUUUCUUCCACCAGGGAAGAGGUGAUAGAUACCCAGUUAGAUGAUGAGGAUUCUAAUGAAGAAGAAAAUUCAGGUGAUGAAGCUUCUGGGGACACAGAUGACUUGAAAAUCCAACCAGUGCUUGUGCGAUCUUCUGUUGAAUUGUCUGGCCAUGCAUCAUUUACAACAAGCCCAUCCGAUGGAAAUUCUACAGAACUUACCACCAAAUCUCAAAACAUUUUUGUUAUGACAGAUGAAGCUGAAACAGCUGACACUGAGAGUGAAAUGCCUACAACGCAUACUGGUACACAUCCUGAAUUAUUGUCCCCAACCCAAGCUCCCCAUAUGACAAACAGAGAGACUUACUUUGCUGACCGUAGGAAUGGAGAUUAUUCUUCUAUUGAUGAAGAUAGUACAGGUGCCAUCACAUCAUUUGAACCAGUUGCAAGCUCUGUUAUGAAACCCAAAGCAACUUUCAAUACAAAACAUCCCAACAACACUGACAAAGAUGCUACAGGUUCAUUUGCAUUUACUCUCCCCCCCUCAAUCUUUGCUUUGGAGUUAAUGACAUCUUCCGCCACGGUGACUCAGAAGCCAAUUGACUUUUCUAUGACCAAUACUGUUAACUCAGAUUCUUUAAUGUCAGUGUCCAAUGACAAAGUUGCAGUUUUAGAAGAGCAAACAACACAAUCAUCUUAUAGUGUACAGUCUGCUAUAAGUGAUCACAUGACAGUUCACAAUAUUGCAAGCUCUAGCAGUGACACCAAGGUUGUGAUUGUUUCUCCAACUUACAACCAAGCAGAGAGAAAGCUUGAUGAACAAACAUCAAUAUUUUUGCAUCAAUCUGAACCAUCAGGCAGCACAUCCACGGAGAAUGUAAAAAAUGUUAAUGAUUCACUUUCUGUAGCUACAGGUAGUUUGAGCCAGGAAAUUCCCAGCCCAAAACUAUCUACAAAGGAUGAUAUAAUGAUUAAUGUUGAUACUAUCUCUAUAGUUCCCUCCCCUUCAUUAUACCCAACUAUCCGCACAGAGGAAGCAGGAGGUGACAUGGCAAUUACAAUGAUACACAAAGUUGAUUUAGGAGAAGAAAAGGUCAUAAAUUUAGAUCUCCCCCAACCAGACCAGUCCACUGAAAAUUUUUCUGAAUCAACAAUUCACCCCAUGUCUACAAGUCAGGUUGCAGGAUCAACCACUUUACAUCCUGUUAAUUAUUUAGGGAAUCAGGCUGGUUCUGGUUUGGAAAGUCAUUUUACAAUUCUGCCAAAGCUAUCUCUUGAUGCAACUGUUGAAAAAUCACUAUCUCCCCUUGACACCCUUGACAGUGUCUUUGAUUAUCCAACCCCAGACUAUGAUGCAGAAAACACCAACUUUCUCGAAUCCGAACCUCAGUAUAAUGAAACCCAACAGCCCAAAAAUAGUUUCAAAGCAUCUCCAAGUGAGCCUUCCCAAUCAGUAAUGGGCAUCACUGAAAGAGAAAACACGAUACCCUCGGUGGUGUCAGAAGCUCACAAAGCAGUGGCAACAUUUCCAGUUGAUGUUGUCUCAGUCUCUACCACUGAAGGCAGUCCUGUUAGCUUCAACGGUUCCAAGUUGAGCAUGAUAGAAAUUUCCAAAAAUGUUGAUAGGAAUAAGUCUGACGACAUUACGCCCGAGCUGCAACUAACCACAAAUAAUUUUUUGUCUGACUUGAGCACAGUUAAAGAAAAUGAAACCAAGCCAUCCAGCUCUGACAGUGUAUCAGUAGACCUCAAAAUCCCAAAGGCACCACAGACUUCCAGAUAUAAAGAGCAAACCUUGUUCCCAGAAGAAAUUCAGACUGUAUUUAAGGUUGACACUACAACUACAGAUUAUCUUGAAAGCUCCUUAGGAGAAACUAUCAUUGGCAGCAGUAGAGUUGUUACUGAAUCUACCCCAAUAAUCCAUGAAGAAUUCACGACAACACAAGCCCACAAUCUGGCAGAGUUAUUUACAUCUUUAGCAACAGAUUCAUCAUCCUUCUCUGUAGAAGAUGGAAAACAGUACAGUGAAAUAUCAACAUCCCUAACAACGUCAUCACUUAAUGGAAGAGAAACAUCAAGACAAGGAGAGGAAACAACCACCUCUGCCCCAAUAAGACUUGAUUUGGGCCACACUGUUGUUGGGGAGACGGUGGAAAUUCCAGGGAUCUAUUCAUGUGAAGAGAAUGUUUGUCUAAAUGGAGGGUCUUGCUUCAAGAGAGGCAGCAUCUAUUCAUGUAGCUGUUCCUCUGGUUAUACUGGUCAUCAAUGUGAAACAGAAAUUGAUGAGUGCCAAUCCAAUCCAUGCCGUAAUGGAGGCACAUGUGUCGACGGGCUGGCUUCCUUCACAUGUGUAUGUCUCCCAAGCUACUCUGGGCUUUACUGUGAGGAAGAUACUGAAACAUGUGACUAUGGUUGGCACAAGUUUCAGGGCCAUUGCUACAAGUUCUUCCCACAGAGGAAGAGCUGGGACUCUGCAGAGCGAGAGUGCCGCAUACAUGGAGCUCAUUUAACUAGCAUCCUUUCUCAUGAAGAGCAACAGUUUGUAAACCGUCUUGGACAUGACUACCAGUGGGUUGGCCUGAAUGAUAAGAUGUACCCCAAUGACUUCCGCUGGACUGAUGGCAGGCCCAUGCAAUAUGACAACUGGAGGCCGAACCAGCCUGACAGCUUCUUUUCAUCUGGAGAGGACUGUGUUGUGAUGAUUUGGCACGAGGAUGGCCAGUGGAAUGAUGUCCCUUGCAACUAUCACCUAACAUUCACAUGCAAAAAAGGCACAGUGGCCUGCCGCCAGCCCCCUGUAGUUGAAAAUGCACAUACAUUUGGUAGAAAGCGUGAGAGGUAUGAAAUCAACUCCCUGGUGAGAUACCAGUGUCGAACAGGCUUCAUUCAGAGGCAUGUUCCUACCAUCCGCUGUCGUGGCGAUGGACGAUGGGAUGCACCUAAAAUUGCCUGUAUAUACCCAUCAAGCUAUCAGAGGUCCUUCAUGAGAAGACAUCAACCACAUGCUCUCUAUAGCAUCAACAAUUUCAAAAAACGGCAGGGUGAGACCUUGCACCAUAAUCAUCAGCACUACCGGGGAAGGAGAGACAGAUCAGUUCAUAAACGGAGAAAGCAAUGAUUUUCAUCUGUCCCAAAACGCCCUUGAUGGUUGCAAGAAAAAA